AUGAAUGCAGAUCCAUUAACAACACAACCUUCUUUGGAUGAUGAACGAGCUACACAAAUUAUGAAUGAUACUUUGAAGCGUGUUGACGGACGAUUGCAAAUUGGUUUAUUAUGGAAAUAUGAUGAUAUUAAAUUACCGUACAACUAUAACAUGGCUCUCAAACGUCUCAUGUCUGUCAAGCGAAGAAUGGAGAAGGAUGCUGAAUUUGCUACAAAGUACAUUGAGAAACUGGAUGAAUAUAUAAAGAAUGGAUAUGCUGAACAGAUACCAGAAGAUGAAUUGGCACCUACAGAGAGAACCUGGUUCAUUCCACACCAUGCAACAAGACAAUCGAAGUUUUGUGUUGUCUUUGACAGUUCAGCAGAGUUUGAUGGAAAAUCACUGAACAAGAAUUUACUAUCAGGACCUGAUUUCAAUAACUCAUUAGUUGGAGUUCUUCUACGCUUCCGUUUGAACCCCAUUGCUGUGUCGUGUGACAUUCGACAGAUGUUUCACAGAAUAUUGGUAAAGCGUGAAGAUACACAAUCUCUUCGUUUUUUAUGGUUUCCUACACAUGAUCUUACAAAACCUGUUUCUCAAUUUAGAAUGCUAUCUCAUGCCUUUGGUACUACCUGCUCACCUUCUAUUGCAACCUUUGCUCUACGAAAGGUUGCAGAAGAUAAUUUAUCUAAUGCUAAUCCGACCGCUGUUCGAUGCAUUUGCUUUAAUUUUUAUGUAGAUGACGGAUUAUUUUCAAAAGAUACAGUAGAGGAGACAUCUACAUUAGUUCGACAGACUACUGAUUUACUGGCAACAGGAGGUUUUCACUUGACUAAAUUUUUAAGCAAUGAACCAGAAGUUCUACAAUGUGUUACUGAAGAAGACAAGGCUCCCGUCGCUCAUGCUCUGGAACUAGGCGAUGAUGCGGUGAGUCGUACUUUAGGAUUGAAUUGGAAUGCAGCCACUGAUCAAUUUGUUGUUAUUGUCAGAAUUCAAGAACGUCCUUCUACUCGUCGUGGCAUAUUAUCAAUGGUGUCGCAGAUAUUUGACCCUCUUGGGUAUGUUCAACCAUUUGUACUUGAAGCUCGUAUCAUUCUGCAAGAUCUUUGUUAUGAAGAAUUUCAAUGGGAUGAUACAAUUACUGGCCCUCUUAGAGACAAAUGGGAAGAAUGGUUAUCUAAAUUACCUUCAUUGAAUGGGCUAUCAUUUUGUAGAUGCAACAGACCAAAAGGAUUUACUCCAUCUACUUUUCAGUUACAUGUAUUUUGUGAUGCAAGUUCUUUUGCAUAUGGAACUUGUGCUUAUUUGAAAAUAAUUGACGAUGCAGGAAACAUUCACACUGCAUUUGUUAAAGGCUCGUCAAGGGUGGCUCCAAAGAAAGUUGUAACGAUACCACGUCUUGAACUGACUGCAGCGGUUGCUGCUACAGAAUUGGCGAGAUGCAUAAAAUUGGAAUUGAAUGAAGUGAUAACAGAUGUAUUUUUCUAUACGGAUUCAAUGACAGUUCUUCGAAUGAUAAACAGUCGAUCUGAACGUUUCAAAACUUUUGUUGCUAAUCGAUUGAAUACAAUUCACUUGCUUUCUCAAUCUAGACAAUGGCAUCAUGUUGACACUAAGUCUAAUCCAGCAGAUAUUGCCAGUCGUGGACUAAUGCCUGACAAGCGCCACAAAGCUGAUUGCUGGUUCAAAGGACCUUCUUUUCUGAGAAGCAAGGAACCAUUGAGAAAUUCACAUAUUUCUGAAACAAUUGAGGACUCUGAAAUAUGUUCUGAAGUGAAAGUUAAUUAUAAUGAGAUUUCCUACAAGGAAAAGAAUUCUAUAAUACAACAACCUGGACUUAUGGUGUUGUUGAAACGUUACUCUAAAUUUGAAAGACUUAUUUCCUCUGUGAUAUGGCUUCAAAGAUUCAAGACUUACAUGAUUGGGAAAUUGCUACAUCGUUCUGAUUCUCCAGUUACUGGUUGUUUUACUGUUGCAGAACGGGAAAAUGCAACUAUAGAUAUUGUGAAACUUAUACAAGCAGAUUCAUUGUCUGCUGAGUUUUGCUAUUUUAAAGAUAUGAUGAGUUCGGGCCCUCCACCUUCUGACAGAAAGAGACUUAAAUCGCCAUUUGCUAAAGAACUUUUGCAGUGUAAUCCAUAUGUGGCUGAUGGCAUACUUCGAGUUGGAGGCAGGCUUCGUCAAUCUGAAUUACAACCUGAUCAAAGGAAUCCUGUAAUUUUACCCCCAUAUCACCAUGCUACUAAACUACUAAUUGAUUAUUACCACUGUGAACAUGGACAUUGUGGAAGCAAUCAAGUACAGGCUUAUUUGUUACAAAAAUAUUGGAUAUUGCAUCUUCAGUCAGCGGUGGCAAAAGUUCUUAGAGAAUGCAUGCCAUGCAAGAUUCGAUCUGCCAGACCUGGUAAACAAUGGAUGUCAGAUAUGCCUGCUGUUAGGCUUUGUACAGGAAAUAGACCAUUCUUUCACAGCUUCGUUGAUUAUUUUGGUCAUAUAAAGGUCAAGUUGGGCAGAAGCGAACAUAAGCGUUACGGAGUUAUAGUCACUUGUCUUUCUACUCGAGCAAUUCAUCUGGAGGUUGCAGAGAGUUUGGAUACCUCUGCAUUUUUACAAGCCUUUUUUCGUUUUGUCUCGCGACGUGCAAGACCAGCUCACAUGUACUCUGACAAUGGUGCGAAUUUUAUUGCUGGAAGUAAAGCUCUCAAGGAUGGAAUUACAAAUUGGAAUAAGAAACAAAUUGACAAUGCUCUUGCACAAAAGGGAAUUCAAUGGCAUUUUUCACCACCUCUUGCAAGUCACCAGAAUGGAGUUGUUGAAAGAUUGAUCAGAGUAGUUAAGAAGAUUCUGAGGAAUAUGCUUGAUGAUAAACCAUUAACCGAUUAUUCACUUUGGUCUUUUCUGGCUGGAGUGGAAUCCAUCUUAAAUGACAGACCCCUUACCCGAGGUUGCAGUUUGCAGAGAAAACUUUGA